AGGUAGGGCAACAUACACCACGACUUACGAGCAUUCGUUUCGUUGGGUGUGGAGAGGGAGAGGGAGAGGAGCCCUAGCUUUAGUCUGUGCUGGUUGUAUUUGUCCAGAGGAAGAAGCAACAGAGCUGCAGAAGGUACAAGGUAACAAGGGAGAAGAUGUCUCGACGGGAGGGUCGAGAAUCCGAGACCAAACGUCUCCACUCCAAACCUGAAAGAGAGCCCAGUCCCAAGAGACCAAGGAGAGAUGGGAAACCAGCUACAGAGAGAACAUCAAGUGAUCGUAAUUUGGAUAUUAUUGACCAUAAGGACAGGGAUCAAAAGCAUCGUAGGCGACUGCAAGAUGCUUUACCACUUGAGGCUCCAUUAGCACCCGAGUCAAAGGUUGGGGCUGAUAUUGCAGACAAAGAUUUUGACAGGAAGACCAAUGAAUUUAAUGAUGGCACCAAACGUUCAUCCGAUCCAACUGAAGUGCCUCGGUCUCGAUCUUAUUUUCAGCACGAUGAACGUGGUAGUGCUGGGCAAGGUGGUCGAAGCUUCAGCCGCAGAGGAACUACUGAGCGUAGAUGGUGGAGAGAUCCAAAGGAACAAUCUGGUGAUAGAGAAUCAGACAAGGGUGGGUCAAAUGACAUGCGGCAGAAAGAUGAGAAGACCCAAUCUAAAGGAGAAGAUAAGAGUGUUUGGCACCACGAUGGGUUCUUUCAGUUGGAGGCAGAAGCACCCCCGCAGGCAAAGAAAAGACCCGCAUUUAGGGAGAAGAAGAUGCCACCAGAUUCUGGAGCAGAAGGCAUAAAACCAGCAGAGUCUGUCAGGCCUAGCCGUCCUGAUCGCCCUGUAUCAGGGAGUGAAAAUAGGGAGGAAAGAGGAGGGCGUCAUUUUCGUGAUAUGGACAGAGAUGAGAGACCACUCACAGGAGACCGGGCCCAACCAUAUAGGAGUGAAGUACAGAGGUCUGGCAUUCCUCCAAGAGAAAGGUUCAGUGGUGGCUCUGGCUUUAGGGGAAGAGACAGAUACAGUGGAAGGCAUGGGGAACAGAAGCAGUAUCGGCAUAAUACAUACCGUGUGGAGAAAUGGAAGCAUGAUCUAUUUGAUGAAGCUAAUAGGAGUCCUACUCCAAAGAAUGAAGAGGACCAGAUUGCUAAGGUUGAAGCUCUGCUGGCCUUGUAGCAAUGCAGUUGCAGGGGUUCCAGUUCCUACGUGUUUGUUACCAAUUCUUUUGUGUCUGAGUGAGUGCGUAUGUCGUUAACUAAGUUAGAACUAUGGCAAGAACUAUGAAUUUGUCUUGAGUAAACAAAGAUUCCCUAGAGAUUUUGUGAAGUUUUAACGAGUGAUUAUUCAAUAAGCUCUCUUUCAGUCAUGAAUCA